AGGCCCACCUUCAAGUAUUUCACGUGGCACACCUGUGUGCUGGGCAUUGCCGGCUGUGUCGUGAUGGUAUUCCUCAUCAGUCCCAUCUACGCUUCGGCCAGUGUGGCCUUCAUGGUCGUCCUGCUGGUGGCCCUCCAUUACCUGUCUCCCAGCAGCAGCUGGGGCUACAUCAGCCAAGCUCUGAUCUUCCACCAGGUCCGCAAGUACCUGCUGCUGUUGGACAGCCGCAAAGAACAUGUCAAAUUUUGGCGCCCCCAAGUGCUGCUGAUGGUGCGGAAUCCGCGGACCUCCCUCCAGCUCAUUCGCUUCAUCAACGACCUCAAGAAAAGUGGCCUGUACGUGCUCGGCCACGUAGAGCUGGCGGAUCUGGACUCCCUGCCGGCUGACCCCUUGCCGGACCAGUCCGAUUCCUGGCUGCAACUUGUGGACCGGUUGAAUAUCAAAGCCUUCGUCAACCUGACGCUCGCCAGCUCCGUGCGGAAUGGCACGCAACAGCUGCUCUUCAUCUCCGGACUGGGAGGCAUGCGGCCCAACACCAUCGCGCUGGGCUUCUACGACAACGCGGACCCCCAGGACUACAUGUCCCAACCCACCGCCUUCAGCCGAGACGAGGCAAUUUGGCACGAGUUCCCUCCCGUCUGGACUUCCGGGGGCCCCAAGCAGCUGUCUCCUUGGGAGUACGUGGCCAUCAUCUGCGACGCCAUGAAGAUGUCGCGCAACGUCCUUCUGGCCCGCUCCUUUGACCAGCUCCAGCCGCCCCAGGCCCUCGGCUGGCGAGCCCAGCCUCUGAUCGACGUCUGGCCCGUCAACCUGUGGCGCCCCGACAGCGCCCGAUACGUCGACACCAGCAGCCUCUUCUUGCUACAGAUGGCCUGCGUCCUGGCCAUGACGCGGUCGUGGCGACGGGCUCGCUUGCGCCUCUUCCUCUGCGUGGAGAGCUGCACCAGCCCCCAGGGCCAGGAGGACAAGCUGCGGCAGCUGCUGAAGGACCUGCGCAUCCAGGCCAAGGUCCAGAUCGUGCCGUGGGACGAGGUGGUGGCGCUCCACUGGCACAGCCAUCGCGGAGACUCGGCCGACGGUGGCCUGAACGCCUACAGCAACAUCACCUCCAUCUCAGACGAAUACUUGACUGCGGUGAACCAGCUCAUUCUCCAACAGAGCACCAGCCCGACCGUCCGUUUCCUUUACCUGCCCCGUCCUCCUGCCGACACCAAUUUGUACCCCAGAUACUUGCAACAGCUGGAGAUCCUGACCCACGGACUGGGCCCCACGCUGCUGGUGCACGGGGUGAGUGCCGUUACGAGCACUCAGCUGUGAACCAGAGUUGUCUGUUGUCCACUCUGGGCAAGGGUG